AUGAAUUUUUAUCCAUUUCAUCUCGUCACCAAGCAAUGCCGUUCGUCAUUAUUGCGUAGGAUUAUCAUUGUUAAUCCUCGCCUAUUGUCCACGAUUAUCACUCGACAGAAAAAAGAUUCUAAACAACAAGAGAAUGAUACUCUUGCUCAAUCUCCAACUAAUCAAACUGAACUAAUCUCAUUUACUCAAAAAGCUCAACAAGCGGCGAAAGAUUCAAUCUAUUCACUUGUUAUUAUCGCCGGUGUUGUUACAUUAAGUGGUCUCUGCUAUCUAAUCUUACACGAACUUUAUUCAAGAGAAACACCAAAUGGAAUUUAUAAAGAAGUAUCAAGACUAUGCUUAGCCAAUACAGACGUACAAGAUGCAUUGGGUGCACCAAUCCUAGUUCAUACGACGCCAAAGAUUCGAUCGAUGAGAAUGAGCCAUGUUCGUGCGAAAAUGUUCGAUGAAAAAGGGCAUCGAAGUAUGACUAUAUCAUUUUAUUUAACCGGUAAAGAACGAUCAGGUGUUGUUGCUGUUAAAGUCCGAAAAAAUAUCUCAAAUAAAUUUGUAUAUGAUUAUAUUCUUGUACAACUUGAUCGUCCAUGGCGUAACCGAAAUAUCAUUCAAGUUCAUCAAAAUCUCAAUCAACUAUCCUUCGACGUUUGA